GUGGAGUGGUCGACUGAGAUGGACUGUUUCCGCACCGUAGCCAAUGAGCUGUGCAUAUUUUAUCACUUCCGCCAAUCAAUACGAGCGCAACGAAUGGACUCCUGUGCUCCCGAUGUUGCUAGGACAACCCCUGCAGACGGAGCUGAUGAAGCUGAUACCAGCUCCGCAGUAGCGAGUCAGAGUAGCACCGGAG